AAAUUUGAUGUUAUGCUGCGUGAAUAGUAACUGCGGAUCCAUUUCGACCCCAGUCGGUAAAUUUACAGCUGAAGCUGUCUAUCAUAACUUUUCCAAUUCGCAUGCAGAAGAAGAUCAGAUCAUCUCAACCAUGCCAGCGGCGCCUAUUCUCAACCCUUCCACGCUACACCACCAAUCACAAUUGACUGUUCAUCCUCAACAUGUAUCAUCGUUACAGACACCAAGCUCGCAUAGACCGCAUAGUUUCAGUGCCUAUAGAGUCGUCUCGGACCCCAUGAUAGAUGAAGGGUCCAAACUUGUUUACAGAUACGAUGGCAAAGAACCCGGGGAUUCGCUUAUUGGCGGAGUCCAUAAUAGUAGUUUGAACCUCGUACAUGAUCCGAGAAACUCUUUCGUUCGACUUUUGUCGGUAGAAAUUGCCGACCUUCCGCUUCCGAAGUUCACAGUCGACGAGAACUACGUCGGUACCCCACCCCCUCGGGAGUUAACGAUAUGUAACCUCAACGACAAUAUAAAUAAUGACUUCCUCCAGGAAAUGUGCUCUGCUUUUGGCGCCUUGGAGAAAACGAAAAUAUAUACUAACCCCAAAACUAAGAAACAUUUGGGUAUCGGACGUGUGGUUUAUCAAGCAGUUACGUCAUGCAAGUCGGCGGUACACGCUCUGCACCAAAAACCGACAAUGGGAAAUAUUUUAUAUGUAAUGGUUGACUCCAAAGGAACAAUACUACAAGAAGCUUACGAGUUGGCCAUGCAAAAUAAAUUGACUUUCGAUACUCUCUCAGGAAAACCGAAUCUCACUUUCUCAGUAGGUGCUCCAAAAAAUCGGCAAAAUAAUCAUAGCCAUCAUAAUAAUAGCUCUAUAAUAAAUAACCAUAAGAACCACAACUCAAAUUACAACCACAUUGCUGAACCUUCAUUGAAGAAAAUAGGUCGACCAAGUUCAGAGGCGGCACUGAUCCAGCCCUCUAGUAAUUAUCCAGAAUCUAUUACUAUUAACAGUAGUAAGCCAACGAAAGAAGAAACAUCUCAGGAACGACCGCCGUCGCCUAGUCCACCCCUAAAUCCCCCCGAACCUCCUAUGGAAAACAAAUCGAAUACUAAAGUUCUGAACUUACCCUCUGGGAUGGAAAAAUUAAAUGAACUUAUGCAAAAAAUAGUCCAGAAUCCACAGUUUCUUCCCUCGAAUUACAACUCUGAAAAAGCAGAAGUUAUGAAAGAAAUUGAAAAUGCGAAAUCUCCAAUGGGAGAUUUUGUCCCAAAGCCACCCCGAAGUUCGGAAGAGAAAGAAGAAGACGAAGAUGAUGUGGUGAAUGGAGUUGCGGAUGAGAAAAUUGACUCGGAAAGUGACGCCAUUGAGACAAAUGACGAAAAAGAUGGGACGGAAAAUGAAAGCGAGGAGGAACCUGAAAUGGCUGUCACGAUUCAGCAUAACCAGAAAAGUUUGGACGACCGCAUCAACGAAUUACUCGGAAAGAGCACCAAGUCGAACCCGGAUUACGACGAGUUUUCUUCGGACGAGGAACUUUUAGAGCAAGAGGAACACAAUAGCAGUAAAGAAUCGGCGCCUCCUGUUGCGACCUUACAAUCUGAAGUUCCGGCGCAGAAUGUUAUUGGGCUAGCGCAGCAAGCGCUACCAUCGAACCAGGUAAAUGCUGCUAUGAUUCAGCAGCCGAGUUUCGUACAGCCGCCACCUUUGACACAAUCCGGAGCUGUGGUUUUACCCAACGGGCAGACGUAUUUGUCGAGUACUGUUCCAGUAGUGACCCAGCCCUCAGCCGAUGACGACAUGAUGCUGUCGCCGCUGAGCGACGCUGAAGAUCAACAGAAGCAGUCAAAGAUUCUUUUACAGCAGAAUUUCCACAACAGCUAUCAAAUUAACCCGCAAAACAACUACCAAGCCCAGCAUCAGCAAAUGAACCAGAUGAAUAUGAAUUACCCGCAACCGAGUUUGACGACAAACUUGGUGCUCCCUCGGCAGCCUAGCUUAAUGCAGGCCUUUGGCCCUGACGGUACGCCUUUACUGGCACCAGUUGCUAUAGACAACCAAAGUAUGAUCACAAAAAAACCUCCAAUGCGCGCCAAAAUGGAUAUUUUGACUAAUGAAGCUGUCCGAAGACUCUUACAGGACAUUAGAUCCAAAUUAAAGGGAGAUAUUUAUAGAAAGAUGGUUGAAAGUGUGGCUUACAGAGAACUUGAUUAUUGGUUCGAAGAUGAAACGGAAAAGUUGAAAAGGCUCCAAGAGCAAGCAGUGAAGCUAACAAGAGAAGAUCAGGAAAAUAAGAAACCAACAACUGCGUUCAAAGAACCAGAAACAUUGGCUCCUCUUCUAGAUUUAUCCUCACUGAUGAAUGGCAGAACUUCAAGAAAUCUUUCUGGCUUUGGCUUCAAAUCGGGUGUCAUGUCUAUGGCGAGCUUCAGGAUUCGAAAGAAACCAGAGGCAUUGAGAAACAGUGAAAACCUGACAAAUGAUAGUAGACUUGAACCUAAAAUUGAACCACUUUUUAGUAACUUAAAGAAUCUUGCCGAUGCUGCGGAUGAUUCUUUAUCUGUUGAUAAGAAUAAAGACAGUAUUGAGACUAUAAGUGCAAAAGAGAACAAAUCUGAUUGGUCGGAGAAAGCUUCGGACAAAAUCUAUUCGGAUAGUGAAGACGAAGAGGUGACGCCUCGAAAAAGAACGAGGGCACCAGGAAUCAAAGUCGAAACCUCAGAGUCGGAAGAAUCAGGCGACGAAUCGUCUGAAAGUGAAGAGGAAGAAGAAUCCGAUGAGUCUGAAAGUGAAAAGGUUGAAGACUCGAUUGAGAAUCGAACACUGGUUCGAGUGGUUGGCGAAAAAGACGAAGAAAAUGAAGCGCACAUGGUUUCAAAAACGAAAAAAGAACCGGAAAGUGGCAUUGAUGUGUCGGACGACACUUUAGUUCCUCUUUCAGUAGACAAUAACGAAGAUGAUGAAAUUAACAAUGAAUUACGAUCUGAUGGAAGCGAAGUGUCGAAAGGUGGAAUUUUUUCACGCCUCGAAAACGAUCAAAGCAUUAGCGUGUCACCCACAGAUGAGGUUGAAUCUGAGAAUCAAAUAUCGGUUGUUUCUAGUAUAAUGUCGGAUCACAAUUAUGCUCAAGAAAUAAAACCGCUGCCUUUAUCAAUCAGUAUAGAAAGAGAUCAAAGUGAAAUUGUGAAUAAACCAGAAGUUUGUAGAAAACGUGCAAUAGAGGUUAAAGAAGAGAUUCCAGAGGUAGUUGAAGAAAUUCAACCCAAGUUGAAAAAGAGGAAAACGGCGUUGGAGAAAUUAAUUGAAGAAACGUUUGAUCAGGUGUCCAGAAUGGGUAGAGACAAUUCAAAUAGCGGCAAUAGUUUACCAGAAAAACCCAAAGUUGAGAGCCGGUUGCGAGAUACCGACGAAGAAAUGGAUAUUUUGCGAAGUUUCUUAGCAGAAGGAUUGGAUUCCGAGGAUCUGAAGUUUCUGAAAGAAGCUUACAUGAUGAUGGAGUCUCACCCGGAGUUGCAUGGAGGUCAAUGGAUUGACUCGAAUUGUGUUCCAGGGCCGCCUCCUGAACGACCUACGAAGAGGAAAAAAGCAACACAGCACACUUCGGAAGAACUUCCACCGCCCGGCACCUGUUCGAGGUGUCGGUUGUACGACAAAGACGCCAAGAAAGCGGCACAAAAAGCACCCACGAAACGCAGUUCCUCCAACCAACUGUUGGUGCGCCAAGUGGAAUAUGUUACAGAAUUAGAUAGCAGAUUAUCAGCCUCAACUUCCUCCUCAACCUCAAGCUCGACAACUCUGUCACGCGGUGCUAGACUAGAACAGAGACAGCUCAUGUCCAUAUCACAAAUGGCAGAUUACGACUCUGAAUUAAUGAAAUACAAUCAGCUUCACUUCAGGAAAAAGAAACUGACAUUUGGAAGAAGCAGAAUCCAUAACUGGGGCUUGUUUGCUCUGGAGACCAUACCUGCGGACGAAAUGGUGAUCGAGUACGUUGGUCAAGUGAUACGCCAACAAGUGGCCGACACAAGAGAAAAGGGAUACGAGAAAAUAGGAAUAGGCAGCAGCUACAUGUUCAGAAUCGACAGCGAGACUAUAAUUGAUGCAACUAAAUGUGGAAAUUUUGGAAGGUUCAUAAAUCAUUCAUGCACGCCAAACUGCACGGCCAAAAUAUUGACAGUAGAUGACACGAAACGGAUUGUGAUUUAUUCAAAAGAGGAAAUUCCGGCUGGAGGAGAAAUCACGUAUGACUACAAAUUCCCACUAGAGGACGAAAAGAUCCCCUGUCUAUGUGCCAGUCCGCUAUGCAGAGGAUCCUUAAAUUAGAGCAAAUUUUGAAAAAGUUUUCUGAUCUUUCUUUCGAGGAUUCCGAGUCCAGUCGAGAUGCCGGAGGCGAAGCUAAGUUAAAGGCUCGCUGGUCUUCAAGUUGUAUGAAGAUGGGUGUUGAACAAUGCUUUGAACAGAUUUUUUUUCUUUUGAACGUAAAUUUAAUUCUUAUUGCGACAAA